CACAGCCAAACACGACGCCAUGAUGCACCCGAGCCUGCCUGAGUUUGUUUGACGGCUCAAAUAAACCACAAGAGAAAAAGUGCGAGGAAGUGAGAAAAUUUGAGGGAAAGUUGAAGAGGCAAAAGAAGAUGAGCAGCGAGCCCAAAACCAGUAGCGCAACCGGAGGAGGAGCAGGAGGAAGGGGAUUUAGGGCGAAAAUGGAGCACUACAUGUACAGCGGUGAGAAGAAGCACGUAUUUGCUGGCAUCGUUCUUGUCAGCGCCGUUUUUGCCGUUCCUUGGUACCUCAUGACUCGAGGGGCAAAGCAUCAAUCCCAUCAAGAUUACUUAGAGAAAGCUGAUAAGGCAAGGAGCCAAAGACUUUCUUCAGGGGCUUCUUCUGCUAAAUGAUUUUGAAAGCUUUCUUGUUAAGGUGUCAAGUAGACCUUAUCAAAUCACGUACACUAUACAACAUGAAUAUGUAACUUAAGUGUUUGGGGCAAGCUUUAUCGGGGCAGAUCCAUAACGGGUGUAACAUUAACGUAUCGAGUCAGUGUUCAUUCGUGAAACACGAUACUGUCAUGUUAUCUUUAUGCACUAUGCUUUUAGUUCUUAUUUUCUGUGAAAAAUCUUUCAGCCGACCCUAAACCCUAAAACUUAUAUCUCUCUUAUGUAUGAUGUUUUGUAACUUUUUGAACAUUUUUUGUGUAAUGUGUUCGACAUAAGUUUUAUAGCAUUAUAACACAUUUUCUUCA